AUGGAUUUCUAUUCACAAUAUCAAGGAGAUAAUAAUUUACUGCUGAUUUUGAUUUCGUCAAUCAAUACAUCUUCAAUCAGUCAUCUAUUUCGACGUGCACGUUUGGCAUGUUUGUUGCCAUUGAAAUGCAUCAGUCAUCACCUAAAAGAAGGAAAUAUGAAAGAUCGUGCAAAACGAUGUAAUCCGACUUUACUUGAUCAUGGCUUGCAUUUACUUGCCGUAACCGUUAGCAUAAACAGGCAGAGAGCACAAGUUGAAGAGUCACCUAUAUGUGACACCAGCCGUAAUCAUUAUAAAUAUGAACAACGGAAAUGUGAAGAAGGGAAAAUUGAACAUAUAAUGGAGACAUUUUUAUUUGCUGCAUGCGCACUGCACUUGCGAUUGUGGCUGUGUUCUCCUACUGGUGUAUUUUUGCAAUCAGGAUGGACAGCUGAGAGGUACAUGGAGAAGUAUAGUCAGAGAUGUGAUGAUGAAAUAGCAAAAGUACACAUCGACGUAUAUUUAUGCCUUACCGAGCCCACAGGUGGAGGUAGUAUUGCCAAUGCUGUCAAUUCACCAACACAGAAGAUUAAGAGAUCACACAAUAAUCGUCUCCGAGAAUUUAAUCAAGUCAUACACGGUUUGAUUUUUCUUUCCAAAUAUUGCAUUUGCUCUAAAGAAGCAUUGUUUCCUCAAAAUAUACUAGGUUUUUUUGCGAAAUACUCUGUUCCACCUCUUUUUCAAUUUUGGGUUUUAACUACAUGUAAUCUAAAAAACACAAAUUCAUUCUUCUUUUUUCCCUGGAAAAUGCAUUAG